AUGUUUGUUUUAUCUAGCAAAACCUCAAAUGAGCCUUCAAAAAUGACAGAAACCAAAGCAGUCUGUCCAUCACCAACAAGUGCACAGGUAAAGAUAAGAUGUCAAAUAGCAACGUUAGUUAAUAUUAUCAUCAUUGUAAAUUUGAUUUAUCUUUUAUUUAUUUAUUGGGUGAAUUACUUUUAAAAUGAAUCAAUUUCCUUAAUGCAGACAAAAAUCAUGUUUUUAAAAAAAAUUAUAUAUCAUUAAAUUAUAACUAUAUUUCUUGUUCAUUUGUAUCUAUUUACACUUACUGGACAUUUAUUAAAUAUUUAGGUGGCACAGCAUUUGAUUGCUUCUGCAGAUGGCAAACUGCCUGACUCAAUUAAGGAUGAAAAGUUGCAGUCUCUUUAUAUAACUAGUGUAGAAGCAAAAGAUAAGGAGGACAAGGUAAAGUCUUUGGGUUUUUUUAAAUUUCAGAUAGGAACUCACCAUUUACCUCUCAAGGCAGACAUCUAUAUCAAUAUAUUAUAUAAAAAUACUUUAAAAUAAGACCUCAACAGGCAUUUUUUUCCAUUAAAGAUUUUAUUUCAUUAGUUGUUUCUUUAUUAAAUGACUUUUCCCCUUUAGCCAAUGAUGCGUUUUGGAGCCAUACCCAACCAUAACAGUCCUUAUUCAGUGUCAGAAUGUCGCAGCUUGAUGAAAACACUAGUAUGUGGUGUUAAAACUAUCACUUGGGGAACUCUCAACUGUAAAGCACCAGGAAUAGGUAUUACAAUUUUUUUUUUUUUUAAUACUUUUAAAUUUUGAAAAAUUACCAAAUUUUGUACUUAUAACAUACAUGUUUCUUUUUGGCGUUUUACCAAUGAAGUAUAGGAAUAGGAUCAUUAAGAUAGAUGGUACCUUUUAUAUAGCCAUUCUAAACUUAUAAAUAAUCUUAGUGGGUUGCCAAAUAAAAAGAUUUAAAACUGCUUGUAUAUUUCAUAAACUUUUUAGGAUAACAAGUUUUAUUUUAAAGAAAUAUCUUGAUUGAUUUCUAAAACGAUUUAUCUUUAAAAUUGUAUGUUAUCGAAUUGCAGCAAACAGUAAACAGUUUCAGUCCAAAGAAAUUUUGGUUUAUGUGAGGCUGUUAAAAUAUGCAUUGAAAGCUCUGGAUAUCUACACCAUCUGUGUGAAUCCAAACGGUGGAUUAUAUGUCAGGUCACAGAG